GAGAGAGAGAGAGAGAGAGAGAGAAGAAGGAUGUGUAAAGGCGUGGAAGAAGAGAAAGAGAUCAGAAGCGGAGGAGGAGAACGCCAAACGCUAUGCCCGAAACAGAGCGCUGCGGUGCGCUGUGAACUCUGCGGCUGGAGAGCGUCUCUGUACUGCGACGCGGACGCUGCUUUUCUCUGCAAAAAAUGCGAUCGCUUGGUCCAUCAGGCGAAUUUCCUGGCGGGGAGACACGUCAGGCGCGUGCUCUGCACGUCCUGUCAGAAACUCACGCGCCGCUGCAUUGUCGGCGAAGGUUUCUCGGUGGUUUUACCUCUGGGGGUAACGAGGCAGGGUGAAGAAGAUAGCGAUAAUAAUCACACCGCUAAGGUUCCUUUUGUAUUCAUCUGACUUCUUUCUUUCUUUCUUUCUUUUGUUGUUCAUCUUCAUAGGUCUUAUGGGUUUUUUUUUUCUGGGAAAUUUCUUUUCGAAAUUAGAAUUAUGAUUAUUACCGAGAAAACCCAGAAGCGAAUAGACGAAAAUAUCCGAUCAUAGAGGGUAUGAAAUCUCAUGUUGGUUUUGGUAAAUAUGUUAUAAACCCUAACCAUAAGAGAUGGUGUGCUGAAACUUCUUUCCCCAUGUUUGAUCAUCUUCUAAAUCCCUUGUCUCUGCUCCCAAAACAAGACAAGGUCAUGUGAAAUUCCCAAGCUUUUCAGAUAUGGAAGCUUUUCAGACAUGUGUAUAAAGGAUAUGAUACAUAUCGGUUUGAUGGUUUCAGAAGCUCCUCGUUCAAAAGGGUCACCAUACUCCGCCUCCCUUCACAGAUUCUUGCUUUCACCCGUUUUCUUCUUAUCGUCUCUUUCAGAAAUUGCAUUCAUCCAGACCAAGAAAGCCGCAGUCUUUCGCCUUCAGGGACUUGUAAUGAAACUCUGUUAUGCAGACAUGGUUAUCGAAUCCAUCGGUUGAUUUCGUCGGAUCUAUUGUAUUUGGCUACAUAUGGUGGAAAAUUUGAAUAGAAACUGGUUAUUUCUUGGUGCAAGAUCGAUUA